CAAGUUAAGAGAACAAUUGAUUUCUUUACAAGGCAGAAGGAUGGAAAGCAAUCAUCUUCAAGGUCAAGUUCUUGUCAACCUCUUCGGACUUCCAAAUUUGCAGACUAUACUUGCUGGUAACCCCUUUUGUGAAAAGACAGGAGCAACAAAAACUUACUAUGUAGUUCCACAACCAAAUUUCACUUCCUUGUAUUUUCCCUCUCCCAAUAGCUGCCCACCUGCUAGAUGCAGUUCAGACAAGGUUUCUAGCCCCACAUGCAGAUGUGCAUAUCCAUAUACAGGAAUUCUAUCUUUUAGAGCAAUUUCAUUCUCAGACUUGGGGAACCAAACCGUAUAUGAUCUACAGACAAAUCUGACACAAUUCUUCUGGGUCAACGAGCUUCCUGUUGAUUCAGUUUCAUUAAGUAAUCCAAGAUUGGAUCCUUAUAGAUAUCUUCUAUUGAACCUUAGUAUCUUUCCAUUUGGCCUAGAUGGUUUGAAUCGAACAGAGGUUUUUACAAUUGCAUUUAUAUUUACCAACCAGUCUUACAAGCCAUCAUCUAAUCUUUAUGGACCUUAUACUUUCGAUGAUGAUGCUUACAACCACUUUUCAGCUGUUGGUGGCUCUGUUCUUCUGCUAUUUUCAUUGCUUGCUAGAGUUUAUGCUUUUCAUCAAAAGAAGAAGGUAGAAAGAGCAAGCUUAGAGAGCAACCCUUUUGCUCACUGGGAUGUUAAGAAAAGCAGCGGAAGCAUUCCUCAGUUAAAAGUUGCUGAUUUUGGUCUUUCUAAGCUUAUAAGUGACAGUGAAAAAGCUCAUGUUACCACUCAAGGCAAAGGGACAAUGUUGGUAACUGGAAGAAGACCAAUAGAGCGAGGGAAGUAUAUUGUAAGAGAGGUGAGAAUGGCAAUGGAUAAGACAAAAGACUUGUAUAGUCUUCAUCAAAUUCUUGACCAAGCCAUUACAGAUACAAGCCUGAAAGGUUUAGAAAAGUUUGUGGACCUAGCAAUGAGCUGUGUGGAAGAAUCAGGAGUUGACAGGCCUACAAUGGGUGAAGUGGUAAAAGAGAUUGAAAACAUCACGUAGAUUGCCGGGAUGAAUCCCAAUGCUGAGUCAGCCACAAGUUCAUCAUGUUAUGAGGACUCCUCCAAGGGAAGUACGCUCCAUCCAUAUAGCGAUGAGUCUUUUGCUUAUAGUGGUGCAUUUUUAGUUUCAAAAGUUUGAACAUGUGUUGAGUUUGAUUUUAGUUUAGUUUUUGAAGAAAGGAACAGCUUCUAUGCCUGACAUUCAGUUUGAUAGGAGGACAUAUAUAUAGAUAUGUAUGUACAUAUAGAUAUGUGUUUUGUAUUGUUUCUCUUUUGUUUGUUCAAUUUGAUAGAAAAUUGAAAAUUAUUGUCAAUGUGUAGAAACAGGUAAAAUACUUUUGUAGCUUUAUGUCUCCUAAUUUUAUUUUUGGUGUUUAAGUAUUAUUACACUCUCAAACAAAGAUCUUAUCAUUACAUUUAUAAGAUCUUUACAUUUAUUAAGGAUAAUAAAGGAAGUAAAAGCAU